UCAAGACUCGGGAGGCAAGAUAACGUAACAAUGAUAUUUAUUAACAAUCAGCAAGCAAAAUAUGGUAAGAUAAAGUUCUUUGGCGUAGGGCCCAUCCGUAGCUCACAUCCUGACUGUUGUGGACUCUGCAUUUCCUGACUGAAGAUGAAGGCAGGGGUGUAGCCGACCCCCUGGGAGGUAUGGACAGGGACCAUCCUGGUGGUGAUGGGGAGGAUGGAGGUGAAGGUUGGCGUCAGCAUCUGCGAACUCAGACAUGUGUAAGUACUGAUCUUUUAUACUCCAAGUGUUAGAUAAUGAUUGGUUAGAUCUAAACUAGUAAGUGUCAAUAGCCAAAAGUGCCUACGACGGGCAUGUCAGCAUCAGACUAUAGUGUGAUGGAAGAAGGUUGCCUUGUCUAAUGAUUUAUGUUUUCUUUUUGAUCAUGUGGAUGGCCGUGUGUGUGUGUGUGUGUGUGUGUGUCAUUUAGGAAGAGAUGGCAGCCGGAUGCACAAUGGGAAGAAGGCUGGCAGAGGCAGUGUUAUGUUCUGGGCAAUGUUAGAUUGUUACAGACCACAUACACCCCUUCAUGGCAAUAGUGUUCCCUGAUAGCAGUGGCCUCUUCUUUGCACCAUGCCAUACUGCAAAAAAAUUGUUCAGGAAUGGUUUGAGGAACAUAAAGAGUUCAAGGUGUUGCCUUGGCCUCCAAAUUCCCCAGAUCUCAAUCCAAUUGAAAAUUUAUGGGAUGUGUAGAACCAACAAAUCUGACCCAUAGAGGCCCAACCUUACAGCUUGCAGGAGUUAAAGGAUCUGCUGGUAAAGUCACGAGGGGGACCUACAUGAUAUUAGACAGGUUGUCUUAAUGUUGUGUGGCUGAUUAGAGUAUAUAACUGUACAUAAGUGUUUGCUGUGGUUCAUGAAAGCCAAUUUUGAUGAACUUCACAUUUUCAUGUUGCCUUCUAUUUUACCACUUUUAUGUUUUUUUUUUUUUUUUUUUUUUAAAGGUGCAAAGCACAUUUUGUAGUUCAAAAUAAGUUUGUAUACCAACAUUAUAUCAGUUAAUGAUAUAUACAGUUAUGAUCUUUAAAAUAUUCAAAAUGCAUGUUUACAUUCUUAAUUCUUAUCAUCCAAACCAUCUGUGGCUUCAAUGAAACCACAAAGUUUAACAAGAACAAUACUUUCUUAUCAUGUUGAUCUACAAUUUUUUUUAAGACGUAAGUAACAGUCUGCUCAGUGACUCCACCCAGCAGUAUUACACCAUGUUUAGCCAGUGAGAGCUCACUGAUCGUCUUCAUCAUGACCAUCAUCAUCUCUCUGCUCCUGUUGGCCUCUCUGCUGCCACACCUGACCUUCACUGCUCAUGAGAAUGUGGGUAUAGUGAAUGGAAAAGAAGUCAGACCCCACUCCAGACCUUACAUGGUUUCUCUUCAGAAGAGUGGGAAACAUUUCUGUGGUGGAUUCCUCAUUUCUGAUCAGUUUGUCCUGACUGCCGCACAUUGCUGGAAAAGACGUAAUAUUCUGAUGGUUGUUGUUGGUGCUCAUGACUUAAAGAAGAGCAAGAGUUCAGAUCACAUCAGAGUGAAGUCCUACAUCCCUCAUCCAAACUAUAGGCCUACAAAUAAACCUCAUCAUCAUGAUGCUGACAUCAUGCUUUUGAAGCUAAAGAAAAAAGUCAAUCUAACCAACAAGGUUGGAGUGAUACCAUUACCAAAGAAAGGAGAAGACGUCAAAGCAGCCUGUAGUGUUGCCGGCUGGGGAAGUCUGAUGACUGAUGGUUCAAGGAGCAAUGUUCUAAUGGAGGCAAAAGUGUCCAUAAUAAAUAACAACGAAUGUAGAAAUAGAUGGGGAGAAUUAUACUCAGUCUCAAAAAUGAUCUGUGUAUAUGGCCGUGGUGGAACCUGCAAAGGGGAUUCAGGAGGUCCUUUGGUUUGUGGAAACGCUGCUGUUGGUAUCACAUCUUUUGGUUCACGUCGUCACUGUAAUUCACCUAAGCAUCCUAAUGUGUAUAUUAAGAUUUCACAAUAUAUUCAGUGGAUCCAGAAAGUAGUCAGAAAUGUUAAGUGACUUCAAACUAAAGAAGGAAGAAAUGUUAUUCUUGAAUUCUUCCAUAAACGUUCUUUCAAUAAAAGUAUCACAUGGCAA